AUGGGCACGUGCAAGAAGAUGCCCUUCCUCGUGCGAGUGCUGGACCAAGGUCGCAACAUUGCCCUCUGGGCGUACGAGAAAGUGCAGGAGGCGCAUCCCAUGGUGCGGCUCGUGUCACAAGCGGUCGUUCGCGGCUUUGGAGCCGUGGCUGGAAACACAUGGCAGGCCGAUCCUGUCGAAGUGGCGGUGGUUGUUCCCCCUGCCGACGCUACAGUUCUGCCAUUGCCAAGCAUGGAGGACCCUUCCACGCUUGAACUCGAAUUCACAUAUGGGCUGGGUGGAGAGCGGCCUUUGGGGCGGGUUCCAGCACGAGCUGGCAUGGCAGUCAGCUUUGUCUGCCUUGACGACGAGAUCCACAUUGACAACAUUGACAAGAUGGACAACGACGGUACACUUGUCACAGCAGCCCCUGCCGACCUGGUGGGCAGUUCAAGCGCGGCUUGGCUUAUGAUUUUUCAGUGUGGGUUACGACCUUCGCCGCCGACCACCACCCCAACCAUCUCCCCAGCACAAAAUCUUAGCGGCUAG